CUCGCCUCACCUUACUACGACUCUAGCUUUUCAAAAGAAGUUAAGAGUUCGUUAUAUUGAUUCCAUGAAUGUUUAAUCGAUACUUCUGGGUAGCGUUGAUAACUUUGACGUAUUUUAGUAAGAAAAAUGACCGAAGCCAUUGAAGAGCAGUUUUCCGGUGAUUCGGAAGAAGACAUCGAAACAAUAAAGAAUAUGAUCAAAAAAAUAAGACUCGAGAUUAUGGCACAUGGUGAGGAGGAAUACGAUUCGUACGAUCCGGAGAGUCAGCAGAAGGUGGAAUUCAAUAUUCAGAUAAACCGGGUGACGCUGAUUUUGCAGGAGAUGUCAGAAACUAUGGAGAUAUUGUUUUGUUUACCAAUGAUGUGUAGCAAUCAGGAGUUGAUUCAACGACACUUCGAUCUUAACGAGCAGGACACAUUGCGGGUAUUGUGUAAAUAUAUUCACACGAUGGAUGGUGGUAGUAAUGUACCAACUGUUGCAAAGGUGGAAGACAUUCAAUUUCACUCAACUAAAUUCAUUGAGUUAGUUGUAAUGGUAUCUAACAAGGACCUUCAUAGCGCUAUCCUUGGUCACUUGAAAAUGCUGCCUGCGAUAUAUCGUAAGUUUUUAUCCAACAUUCGAGAGUUCCGCAAGUUUACCAUAACAAAAAUGAAGAUGACGGCUAAAAAAGAUUUGGCAAAGGAAAAGAUCCUGCACCGAAUGUGGCAAACGAAUCAGCGCAACAUCAAGGAUAUCACUAGAAUCGAACGUGUGCUGGAAGAUAAAAAGAGCUCUUUUCAGUCUGAAAUUGACGAAAAAGCUGCCAUAAUCAGGAAAUACCAAGCGGAGAUCCAACAGUUAGAAGAGCAGAAUAAAAAACAAAUCAAUGCUUAUAUCAACAUCUCCGAUAUGGAAUUAUUUCGUUAUUUUGAGAGUAGUGACCAACGCUAUGAGAAUCUCAUGCAAGACGCCAAUCGCAGAACUCAACAAUACCAAAGUACUCUGGAGGAAGAUCUGCGUAUAGAAAAAGAGAAUCGUUUGAAAAAGACUCAAUUGACUCAACAACUGAAACUGCUACUAAACCGAUACGACAAGGACGCUGGCGAACGAACAAAGGAACUAAAAGCGUUGGCAGAUACUUUUCACGAGCGUCAAAAAGAGUUUGAUCAAUGGAAGCAGACAGUAUUCGACCCUCAAGAAAAAAAAUAUUACGAUGCCAUUGAAGAGAUGCGACUCGACGAGCUAAGGGCACAACAGGAACUGGUGCGCGCCUUUAUGCAGACACGGGCCGCCAAAAUACUGCAGCGAGCCUGGCGCGCCGUGGCAGAGCGGAAACGUAAAAUGCGUGGUCGUCGCGGAGGACGCCGCAGCAAAGGAAAAAGGUAGUGCUCAUAUACCCAAGCAACCGAAAGUUCCACAAUAUCUGAAAAAAAUUAAAACAUUGUGAAUGCAGAACUUUUGACAAUUUGAAAGUUCUGCGUAAGCUUUUUCGUUGUUUAAAAGUACGUAUGAAAUUUUGGCAACUUCAAAGUGCAGAACCAGUUCCGAGCAAACAUUCACGUUGCUUAAAAGUUGAACCAUGUAUUCCAGAAGCUUCUCUUCAUUUAGUUGCCUCGCGUUGAAGGUUCACGUGUGGAUAAUUCCUGAAAAUUGACUAAUUAGAAUGUUAUACAGGAAUUAUAUAUGCUUUUAAAAAAAUUGAAAGGACUAAAUAAUUUGUGUUUUUUUUCUUCGUUUAUCUAUUAACAGUAAGAAAAGAGUGAAUUUUUAGAACGAAGCAGCAUUUUUCUCCAAAGCAUAAGUCUUUUACUUACGA